CGGCCCCGCCCUGCGCCUUGGCUCCGCUGUGCUCUGCGUCCCGCGGAGCUCCGCCGUGCCCGCAACGGUCUGCAGGACCAGGAGCUCUCGCGGCCGGAACCCCGUGGCCCCGGGUGGCCGCUGCGGCCCGAGCAGCUUGGCGAGGAAAGAUGGCCGCCCUGACGACGGUCGUGGUGGCGGCGGCGGCCACCGCGGUAGCCGGGGCUGUGGCGGGGGCGGGCGCGGCCACCGGGAGCGGAGUGGGAGCAGCGCAGGUGCCGCAACAGAAUGAUAGCUGUUUCGGUAGUUCAGGUGGGAUUCGUCCUUUUCAGCUUCAAAACUGGAAGCAGAAAGUUAGUCGGACAAAGAAAGCAGAGUUCAUACGCACAGCAGAAAAAUUAAAAAAUCAAGUUAUUAACAUAGAAAAAGAUAAACACAGUCAUUUCUACAACCAAAAAAGUGACUUCAGAAGUGAGCAUAGUAUGCUGGAAGAAUUGGAAAAUAAAUUGAUUAACAGCAGGAAAACAGAAAGAGCAAAAAUCCAGCAACAAUUGGCCAAAAUACAUAACAAUGUAAAGAAACUUCAGCACCAGUUAAAAGAUGUGAAGCCUACACCUGAUUUUGUUGAAAAGCUCAGAGAAAUGAUGGAAGAAAUUGAAAAUGCGAUUAACACUUUUAAGGAAGAGCAGAGGUUGAUAUAUGAAGAGCUUCUUAAAGAAGAGAAAACCACCAAUAAUGAGUUAAGUGCCAUAUCAAGAAAAAUCGACAUGUGGGCUUUGGGUAACUCAGGAGCAGAGGCAGCUUUCAGAGCCAUGUCAGGCAAGCUUCCUGUAGACAGAGAAAUGCUGAGCACUCUUCCAGAAGAAGUGGUAGAUUUCGAAAAAUUCCUUCAGCAAACAGGAGGGCGACAAGGGGGCUGGGAUGACUAUGACCACCAGAACUUUGUGAAGGUGAGAAACAAACAUAAAGGGAGGCCUACGUUCAUGGGAGAAGUUCUAGAAAACCUUCCUGGAAGAACGCAGGAGGAAGUUCAGCAGCACGAGAAAUGGUAUCAAAAAUUUCUGGCCCUGGAAGAAAGAAAAAAAGAGUCUAUUCAGAACUGGAAAACCAAAAAGCUGCAAAAGAAGGAGGAAAUUUUCAAGUUGAAGGAAAAGGCAGAGAACAUCUCUCUGCUCCUGCACAAUAAAAAAGAAGAUAAUCAGAAGCGAGAAGAGGAGCAAAGAAAGAAGCAGAAACUGGCAGUGGAAGCGUGGAAGAAGCAGAAAAAUCUCGAAAGAUCAAUGAGGCGUGCCUCCCAGGUGAAAGAAGAAGCAGAGAAAGAGAAGCAUCAGCAGAAAGAGCGCCGUCGCCAGUUUAAACUAAAAGUGCUCCUGGAGAGUUACGCCCAGCAGAAGAAAGAGCAGGAAGCAUUUCUGAGGCAUGAAAAGGAGAUGAGGGAAAAGGCAGAAAAGGCCGAAAGGAGGAAAACCGCUGCCGAGGAGAUCUCCAGGUUUCAGGAACGAGAUUUACAUAAACUCGAAUUGAAAAUUCUAGAUCGACAGUUAAAGGAAGACGAAAAGGCAGAAAAACAAAGGAAACUGGCAAAAUUAAAAGAAAAGGUUGAAAACAACGUUAGUAGAGAUCCCUCUAGGCUUUACAGACCUACCAAAGGUUGGGAGGAACGGACCAAGAAGACGGGACCCACAAGCUCUGGGCCACUUCUGCAUAUCCCACACAGGGCUAUUCCAACCUGGAGACAAGGACUUGACAAAAGAAUAUGAGAUAAUGAAGUUGGUAUUCAGUUGAUGAGAAUGUCAGCAUAUUCAUACCAGGAGAGAGUCACUAACCAUGUUCUUUAAAUAGUACUAGCCCCAGUCAGAUUGAUAACUGUGUUGUAUGUGAAUCGACAGGUACUGAGUUUCAUGUGGCAUUAUUGUAGCUCAUGUUUAUACUCAGAGGGUAUUUAAUGUGUAUGUUGGUCUAUUAUUGAUGUAAACGUUUUUUGAAUAAGUGUAUGUUACAAACAUGAUUUCAUUUAAAUACUAGAACAUUUCAAAGAUAUUUUGUUUUUGUUAUGGCAUAGCAAAAUAAGUUGGGACAAUCAUAGAGUAACUUUUUUUUAAACAAAAAUUUUUUAACAUUUAUAACUUGGAUGUGAAUUAGCUCAAGUAACAAAAUGCAAAGGUUUUCCUUUUUGGGGGGAAGUAAGUUAGUACUUUUCUAAGUUUAACAAAUUGGUAGUUUGUCAGUUGUUACAUUUUUGUGUAAUAAAUAUUUUGUAUUUGUUGGAAGCAUGCUUUGUUUUAUAUAGAGAAUAUUUAUUUUAAAAAUAUGCCUCACCUCAUAUAUAUAUAUGCUAUUAUUUGUAUUAUCGAUAUCUUUUUGGUUUCCUUUAGCUAUUCCCAAUUUCCCUUUAGCCUUUCUGGAUGUCACACAUUUAUAAAGCCUUUGUGUCUAUCACAUCUUCCUAGCUGGUACAGUUUUCUUUACUGCUUCUGUUUGGCUCAAAAUAUUUAGUCAAAAGAGUUAACUUUAAAAUUUCCAAACUUUUGUACAUGAAAACACAAUUUAACUUAAUUUGACUCAACUUUUCAUAUUAUAAAAUCUUAGUCCCUAACUUUAAUCAGUUCCCAUCUUAUAGGAAAGAUACCAUAUACGUAAUAAAUAUAGAAAACUCGUUUCUUUUAACUUUUAUCUUAGAAUAUCUUUAAUUUAUAACUUGAUACAUCUAGGUCAAAUGACUCAGAAAUUUACUAAUAGUAGUAACCUUUACUUAUUUCACAGUUAAUCACCAAAGCAGAUGGCUUCCAAAUUUUGUAAACCAAAUUCUGAUUAUACAAUUAUUGGUGCAAAAUGAAAGAAAUAACAUAAAACAUCCUUAAUCAGGAAUGCCUGUUUUAUUUGUAGUCCUUGUUCUCUAUAACUUUUUUUUAAAUGAUUGGAGGCAGUUUAAGAAAUAAAAUAUUGAAUUAGACAACAGAUUUUAAACACAGAAUGGAACUACUACAAGAUAGAAAAAAGAAAGGUUUCUUACAUAUGGCUUUUGAACAUGUUGCUUUUUACUGCACAGAAAGGCAGCUAUCCAUUUCCUGCAUCUAAGGGAAGCAUACUGGGUAGUGUGAUUUUAUGGCUUUUUGUGUGGUUUUUGGUUUGUUUCUUAAUAAAAGUAUGGAGU